AUGACAAAAAAAUCCGUUCAACCUGGCCUAUCCUUGUCUACGAUCGAGAAACUUGGCCUCCUUUCUAAAGCUGAGGAAUUUGGUGUCCUUUCAACUACUACUGACCCGGGAACCCUUUCGACUCUUCUGAACCUGAGCUUGGUUUUGUUUAUUUUGGGUCCUUCAUUUGUCUACUUGGUGCAUGAAGACUAUCCUUUGGAGAUUGCAUUGCAAGUUCUAAUUGCUUUGCUCUCUGUAGUUGGUGGAUCUGCUGCUUUUGCAACAUCAAAUCUUGUAUCCGUUUUUCAGAAAUUGAACUAA